AUGAAAUUAAUUCCAAUAGUAUCAUUGAUACUUUGGAAUACUAUACACGGUGCUCCAUUUGUUCCGAAUCUUGGCGAAGAUGAAGAGUUCAAAUCCUCGCUUAUUCAAAUGCAAAUGAUAUCUCGAGUUAUAAAUGGAAUAUAUAUUCAACAUGGAUUAUCCAAUGGAUCUAUUAAAUCAGAUGAUCUUAUUCCUGAAUUACUUCAUUUUGGAACUCUGACUCCCACUCAGAUAUCUGCAAUCAAUACUGACAAGUUAUCCAAAAUUGUUGAAGGGAUUAAUGAUCUAAAAUUAGACAAGAAUGUUGGUGAAGUUGAGAAACAGCUGCGCACGUUUGUAUCAGAUCAGGAGAAGCUAUCGAAGAUUGAUCCAUCUGUUAUCAUCCUUGAAAAUGAUCGUUAUUUGACAGAUUUGAAGGGUUUGAAGGAGAGUAACCUUGAAUGGGACAAGCUGGAGUCAAAUUUCGAAGAGGAUUUGAAUUCAGUGCUGAGCAAAAUGGACACUUUCAGUGAGAAACCAGAUAAAACCAACCUUGAACGGAUUAUAACAGCAAUCACCGAGUGCACAACAUUUAAGCACAAGUUAUUCGAGUCGUUAUCCAAAUUCAAACUGCUCAGAGGCAAAGAUAAAGCUUAUCCGAUGCUGGAAAAAUCUCGUGGUUUUCUCAAAAAGUUUCAGAACGUUACAGUUGAUAAAUCUAAUCUAGAAGCUGUUCAGAAGAAUCUUGAUAGUUUGAGUUCUUUAGCAGAAGACUUGAAAACCAAUCUACAUGUUAUCGAAACUCUUUAUAAUCUCUUCGUAACUCGUCAGCUUCCUAUCCCUGAUUCCAAAUUCCUCGCGGGAUUUCCUAAAGGAAUAUCAGAUAUUUCAAUGAUUUUCACUGACUUGUUUACUGGUUGGGUGAAUGAGACAGUUGCUGGACAAGCUGACAAUCUGGGAAAAGCUCUGAAUCAAUUGAAAACAUUGGCUAACAAAGCAGAAAACGUUGAUAAGUCAUUUCAAUCUGGUGAGGCUACAAUUCUCACCGAAUUGUCAGAAGUACAUCCGGAAAUUAUGAAAUUUGUGAAUCUUGCUGAUUUCAUCAAACCAUUCGUCGGGACAGUGAAGGGCAUCCCAUUUCUCAUCGAUUCUAGUAAGCUUCCUUCCCUCAAAAUUUUAGAACAACUUUUCAAAAACAUGGGUCAUCUUUCGUCGAAGCUUCUUGCUAGUGAGAAAUUAGUUGAACUCUCAAAGGCUCUUCAUUCCGAACCUUACCAACAAAAAAUAGGUGACAUAUCAAAAAUGCUCACCGUUUCGGAUGAUGAACUCCCAAAACUAUUUAACGAGAGUCACGCAUUAAAAGAUAUUCGUUCGAUUAUAUCAGAAGAAAAAGAAUCAAUUGAUGCUCUUAGCACGGGGACUUUAUUAAAGACUGUGUAAGCCCUUGAAAACAAUUUUAAACAGCUUCAAGAAUUUGUUGAACAGUUCUCGAAAUUCAGAAAUGACUUGACCUUUUUGAAUAAAAUCAAGCCAGUGAUUGAUGUCAUCAGAGCACGUAGAGACAGUUAUCCAAAGAAAGUUGGGCUGCCAAUUCUCAUAGCUAGUUUGCCGUCUAUCAAGGAGAAGUUAGCGGAGCUCAGUGGCUAUAUCGAAGGGAUCGAGAACUCGGAGAACACGAAAACUGAAUCUUUCGCCAGCAUUGCCAAGGAUUCACAAGUGGUUGGAAUGGCGACGCGUGGAAUCACGAUUAUGGAGCAGAUGGCUAGCCAGAAAGUUGAUUUGAAACCUCUGAAAGUUUUGAUUGCUGGGAUUAAGGUGGAGAUGAAGAAUGUGGAUCCUGAAGAUGCCAAGAACUUGAAAUCACUGUAUGGUUUGGAGAGCGAGUUGAAUAGGAUCAAGAAGGAAGCUGGAACCUUUAUGAAGACUGUGAAGCCAGUAAAUUCCACCAAAUUGUCGGACUAUUCUGAAAUUUUCCAAGCUGUUAAAAGUGUCAAAGGUGUCAGCAUGAACCUGUCUGCUAUCAUCGGUUCCGUGGAAAUAUUGAAGAUUCGUCUACCAUCAAGAACAAGAAGAGCAGCAUCCGGAUUAACCAAAGCUCAACUCGAUGAUCUCCUGAAACUUUUUCGACAUCUCCAGAUCUUUGAUACUGCCGUGUAUUCUGCUGCUUUCGAUAGUUCUGCCAAGUUUCUGCAAGCACUGGAAUCUUCAUUUACUGAAUAUGGCAAGACUCUGGCUCAGUUGAAGAACCCCGAAUCAUCCAUCACCCUGUGGCCAUUCAUUGCUAUUGGUGUUAUUCUUCUGAUUCUUCUGGCUGCUCUCAUUUUCUUUGGUCUCAAAUGGCACAAGAAACAGCGGCAGAAAAAUAAUGAUAACCCACCACAAGCUCUGAGUAGUGGAAGCUGUGUUGUGAAUGGAGUGAUGAUCAAACAUUACAAGGACGAGCAUGGCAUCGUGGAGGGCAGGGUAGCUUCGCCGUUAUUGAUUGAGUGCGAAUUUUCGCCGGCGACAAAGGACGAGCUUCACCCCAUUGGCAACCUGUCACCUGGAAUGUCCAUUUGUAUGCAACACGCUUACGGCGCCGCUCAGCACUUCAUUCGCCGUGCUGGCGAUCCACUCGUUCCACUCUUCAUAUCGAUAAGAUACGUGACCGAAUCGCGUUUGAGAGGAUCGAGCGGGGAGCUGGCCACUGCACUCUCUGUGAUUUUCGCUGUGAAAGGAUGGUCUAUGCCGCACGACAUUCUUGUGACAGGGUCACUUGGAACAGGAGGCAAAGUGGAAAUGGUGGGAUCUAUCAAAGAGAAGGUGGCGUUGGCAUGGAACAUGCACAAGACUGCAGUAAUCCCACUUGGAAACUUAGAAGAAGUUCCAGAGUUUUUGAAGAAUGAAGUACGGAUCAUCACUGUCAGCAGUUUGUCGGAAACCGUUGACAAGAUUCGUGCCCGAGACGAAUAGAACUUUUGAAAAGAUAUGGCUAAUGAAAUCUUUGCUUUGGAAA